UCCCGGAAGAAGGAAGAAAAUUGGCUCUACUUGAGAAAUCUGUUGACAGCAGUUCUUUCAGUUCGCGUAUUAACAAUUUUUUAUACAAUCUACAACUCCAUAAACGUCACGGGGGGAGGCGUGGAGAACUAGCCAACCUUAGAGCACCUUACCCCGGCUGUGGUUGUCCCAGUGGAGGCGUGUGUCAUUUUUUCCUGUUUCUUGUGAGCUCUACAGGUAUGGAACAUGGCAGCUACUGAACACCAGCUCAUGAUAAGCGUCGGGCUCAUUGAGAAAGAUGUGAAUGGGGACACUCUGUGGGUUUGGUGUUACCCAUUUGUGGACUCUGAGCUGAGGCAGGUGCUGCUGUCUAAAUGCUGUCUGUCCCAAAACACUAAGGACUUCCACACUUUUGUUUUUGGCCAAUUCAAACGCACAUGGUACUACAUCAGCACAGUUGAGGUACAGGAGCCGACUGCGCUCAAAAAGGUUACACAUUUUUCCAUCGUAGUUACAGCAAAAGAUUUUAAUCCAGAGAAGUAUGCAGCUCUCAGUAGGAUACUAUGCAGGACAUAUGUAAAAUACGGCAGCCCAGUGAAAAUGUUGGAGGCAUACAUCACCGUCUUCACCAAAGGAGUCUGUCAGAGCGAUGAGAACGGCUCCUUUCUCAUUAAGGACUAUGACGUGCGGAAAGCAUAUUUAGCUGGUUCUGUUAAAGAUAUUGUAGCACAGUUUGGUAUGGAGACUAUUAUCCUGUACACAGCACUAAUGCUAAAAAAGAGAGUAGUUGUACAUCACCCUCGAAUUGAAGCACUGUUAGAGUUUACUAGAGUUCUUCCAGCAUUGGCCUGGCACAGAAAAGACUGGUCCAUUUUACAUCCAUAUGUGAAUCUGACAGACAUUGAAUUAGAAGAUUUAAAUAAAUGUUCAGGAUAUGUGGCAGGUUUUGUGGACCCAGAGGUGAGCAACAGAGGAGACCUAUUUGACGUCUACGUGAAUCUACCAGACAGCAUCAUCACAGUGUCGCCAAGUGCAAAAGAGUCUAUGUCUAUGGGAAAGUUGCACAAAGAGAUUGGUCUCCUUAUUCUCCAGUCAGCGGAGGAUGCAGAGAAGUCAGACAGUCAAGUUAUAAAGGACAUUUCAGUAAAGACUAAAGAGCUCGUUACAAACCUGGUGGCCCUGGCUGAGCAGUGUGAAGACUCCAAACUCACUUUAGAGAGUUUAAAACGGCACCAUUUUCCUCCAGCCACAGAAAACUUCCUGUUUCACCUGGCAGCGGCCGAACAACUUCUACGGAUAUGAACCUCCUGUGUAACAAUGAGACAUUUGUAACUAUUGUUGUUCUGCCUUUUUAUCACUGCAAACAAACUAGGAAAAUAUCUUUUUUUAUAUAUACAUAUAUAUAUAUUUGCAGCAAGUUUAUACUAAUAAGGUAGUGUUUUUAUUAAUACUAUUUCCUAAGAUGGUCCAUUACAAUUUAAAGAAUAUUUGAAAAGUGAUAAAGCAGAAAAGUAUUUAAAUCUAACUGCUGCACUUUUGAAGAUGGUCUAAGUCGGUGAUCUGGCUUUCACAUUUCUUUGUCAUUGUCAAACUAUAUCAUGCCAUAUUUUUCUGCUUGAAACACACUUUAACAGCCGCUAUGAUGGUGCUGAUGUCAGUGCAUAACUAUUGUAACAGAGGAAGAGUAGAUACCUUUGUGAAUCCUAAAAUGUUUUUGGUGCCAAACACUGGUGGCAUUUCCACUGUGAAAUAAAAUUACAUGUUCAAAGUGAAAUUUGUGGCGAGCAGUUACAGGCAGUGACAUUGCACAAUACGUGGCUUUAUCAUUUUGCAACAUUUGUAUUUUACUAAUGACUUAACUCCACUUUCUCAAGUACGGUGAUGGUGGUAAACUUGACUAUUGUGUUUUUUUCUUUCUAAAAAAAUACACACUUUAUCAUUACAAUUCAAUGCAAAAUACAUCAAAUAUUUUUCCCCACAUUAUUAAAUUUAUUGAAAUGCUUCUGUUCUAAAUUCCACAUGGACUGAUGUAUUUUCUUUGCUGCCACAAUGAUAAAUGUUGCCUCCUCACUAUUCCAGAUUAGGGUGCAAUACUGAAACGUUGAAAUGCUGAAAUAGCUAAAUGUAUUUUCAUAAAUUCAUUUGAUAUUCGUAUUAAUAAAUAUA